AUGACCACUGGAACGGACUACAAAAUCUGUGUGGAUUUAGAUGGCUCAAGCAGGGAGUUGGCCUUCGUGGAUACUGGGCUCACUGUUCAAAUUACCUCCAUUACCGGAGUUGUGAGUGCCACCUUCCACGUGGGUGGGGUUACAGAUUUGGAACUUACCACAGAUCUCUCGGAUGGAUCGCUAGCGAAUGCAUAUGCUUAUGUUGGAGCAGAGUGCAGCACGGCAUUCAGUUCGAGUGCGGGUGAACGAAAUACGGUGGAGCAGACAGUGCUUGGUGUGGUCAACGGUGUGAUAAGCUUUCCGCUGGUUGUCACCGGGCUUUCGCAGGGGAAGUUUUAUAGAGCCUGCAUUGACGAAGAUGGGCCAAAUGCGCAAGGCUUUGUCGAUGUGGGUGUCCCCAUCUAUGUCACUGGAGUCACUGUCGUGACACCUUCGGGAGUCGCUCGGGCGACAAAUCAGCAGCUUGAAGUCACAUGUGAUCCCUGUUCUACAAGUACUAUGCUAUAUUUGACCUCUACAUCAUGCAACACCUUAAUAACCAAUGGAGAUCCAGGAGUCCCCUCUGGAGAAGACAUUCAGCGCCAAACUAUUGCGACAGCAGUAGCUGCCGGAACAGCGGCCAAUUUGUGGACUUGGACAGUAGAUGCGACAAAUCUGGCUCCAGGACGCCAAUUCCAUUUGUGUGCUGAUGUCGAUGGCACUGGGACAUAUCCCUUCGGUGACACAGCUCUUCAGAUCUACACCUCUCCCUUCAGUGAGGUCGUUACCAAAGGCAUCAACGUUGCGGAGCUUCAGACGGUUUAUGUGCGAUGUUCGACGGGCUGCAGUGAAACUGGUCGUGCUUACCUUGCUUUGCGAUCGAUUACGCCUUCGAACCUCUUUGUCAAGGAAUGCGACAGCUCUGUGACGGAUGGAGUCAUGGUCUCCUACGGGAACGAGAACACGGGGUCAGUAUCUCUGGUGCACAAGAGCGGAGACUUGUGGGCCAUCGAGAACAUCGAUGCAACUUCACUCAUUGCGGGCAGAUACUAUGGGAUUUGUGUUGACAUGGACGGUGCAGUGUCUACCCUUGGCUUCGGAGACACAGGCUUCAUGAUCUACGUGAGUGGGUUGGAAGGGAUUUCACCCUCUGCUAUACGUCAAGCGUUUGCUCAGGAGAUCCAGCUGACCUGCCCCUAUUGUAAUCCAAACAAUGACAUCACUCAAGCCUACAUCUCCUUGGAGUGUGACACAACGCUCUACUUUGGUUUCAAUCUGCCGGCUACAACUGGUGUGAAUUCGCCAACAAAUCGAUUGCCUGGCCCCGGUGGAUCAACCACACCUGAUGCCACGAAGCUCUACAUCGAUGCCAGAGAGUUGGACCUGGGCGGUGUGUAUCAUCUCUGUAUGGACUUGGAUGGCUCCAAUGCCAAGAUGGGGAUGGGAGACACUUCCUUCCUAGUCUAUGUCACCACCAUGACUGCUAUCAAUCCUUGGGGAAUCCUGCCAGCUCAAAAUCAGACUGUGGCCGUGUAGCCUAGUUGUCGC